CUUCACUGUGAAGGCUGGGCACUGGGAAGGAGGACCGGGGGCCUCGGUGUGGCUGAGAGAAGAGGCUGACCUCCUCACUUAUGGCUUUUCUGUAGGACGCUUUCAUCAUUACUGUGGAUUGUGGACGGGACGUGAGUAAAAUUCACCUGAAGUCGCCCUGAAGUUAAGAGUCACUGCGGGCGCUCGAUCAUGGAGAUGCAAAGGUGGUCCACAAGGUGGAAAACGAAAAGGUGGCUUAUGGAUUCCUCUCUAACCGCAUUCAUCACUUUAAUCCUGGUUCUGCAGGCUGCCAGUGUCAGAGCAGCAGAACCAGUGGAUGUCCUAAAAGUAUUAGAAUUUCAAAAUUACCCCGAAGGAGUGACGGAAACAUCAGGAUUUUGCACACACCGAAGAGCGUCACAGCCAGACUCAGCAUUCAGAGUCUCCAAGGAGGUCCAGAUCAGUGCCCCCACCACGCAGCUAUUCCCUGGAGGUGUUUUCCCCGAGGACUUCUCCAUCCUGACCACAGUGCGCCCAAAGUCCGGCCUCCAGUCCUUCCUGCUGUCCAUUUACAACCAGCAGGGAGUCCAGCAACUAGGUGUGGAGGUGGGACGCUCACCUGUUUUCCUGUAUGAGGAUCAGACCGGGAAGCCAGCACCGGAGGACUACCCUCUCUUCAGGAGUCUCAACCUCGCUGAUGGAAAGUGGCACCGUGUGGCCAUCAGUGUGGAGAAAAAGACAGUCACCAUCAUCGUAGACUGCAAGAAGAAGAUCACCAAACCUCUGCUUAGGAGUGACCACGCCUCCAUUGACGCCAAUGGCAUCACCGUGUUCGGCACACGGCUCCUGGAUGAGGAGGUGUUCCAGGGCGACAUCCAGCAGCUUAUGAUUGUGGCUGAUCCCAAAGCAGCGUUCGACUACUGUGAACACUACAGCCCAGACUGUGACACCCCCCACGGGGAGUCCCUGCAGGCCCAGGAGCCGGAGGAACUUGAGUACACUACUGAUGAUUUAGAUUACUCUCAGUUCUAUGAUUACUCUGAAGGAGCCACUGACAUCAUUCCCACCGAUGAGUAUUCUGAGCCACAGCCAAACAUUGUAGAAGGAGAUUACAAUACAGGCUUUGACUACGGAACUGUAGAUGAUACUCAGACUCAGUCCCCCUUUGGCUCGCACGGACCAGAUGAGGAUGUUGUUGGUGUGUUUGUCACCGAUGCCCCUCCCGUUGCUCCGGAGCCCACCAUUGUCCCAGAAACAGUGGACAACCCGCAAACUGGUGCUGAGGCAUACGACUUCAAGGAUUAUGACCUGAAGGAGUAUGACUUAGGUGCGGUGGACAACAGGUUGUAUGAUUACGGGACGUAUGAUGAGUAUGGCACGGACCCGUCCAAAGUCGCGGAGGCCUUCGAUGAUGAGGUGGGGCCUGGGGUCGCAGCCGAAACCGACGUGUCUGAAAGCGCUGUUGCUGGUGUUGGAGGACAGAAGGGAGAGAAGGGCGAGCCAGCUGUCAUCGAGCCUGGCAUGCUGAUUGAAGGACCCCCAGGACCCCCCGGCCCAGCUGGUCUUCCAGGUCCCUCAGGUCUUCAAGGACCCCCAGGCCCUGCUGGAGAUCCAGGUGACAGGGGUCCUCCUGGUCGUCCUGGUCUGCCUGGUGCCGAUGGUUUGGCUGGUCCUCCUGGUACAAUGCUGAUGCUGCCAUUCCGUUUCGGUGGGGACGGUGAGAAGGGUCCGGUGGUGUCAGCCCAGGAAGCCCAGGCUCAGGCCAUCCUCUCUCAGGCCAGACUGGCCAUGAGGGGCCCCCCAGGGCCAAUGGGUCUGACAGGAAGAUCUGGGCCAGUGGGUCUUCCCGGAAAUACUGGAUUGAAAGGUGAAGGUGGGGACCCCGGUCCUCAGGGUCCGCGUGGCAUUCAGGGGCCUCCAGGACAGCCGGGCAAAGCUGGCAAGAGGGGUCGUGCCGGAGCUGAUGGAGCCCGUGGAAUGCCAGGAGAGCCUGGCUCCAAGGGUGACAGAGGCUUUGAUGGACUUCCUGGUCUGCCUGGUGAGAAGGGACACAGAGGGGAGCCAGGGCCAAUGGGACCCCCAGGAGCCCCUGGAGAGGACGGACAGAGAGGCGAGGAUGGCGAGAUCGGGCCCAGAGGAUUGGCUGGAGAGAGUGGUCCCAGAGGUUUACUUGGCCCUCGUGGUCCUCCAGGACCCCCUGGAUCUCCUGGUGUCGCUGGAGUCGAUGGGCCUCCAGGUCCAAAAGGAAACAUGGGACCACAAGGUGAACCAGGCCCACCUGGGCAGCAGGGAAUCCCCGGGACACAGGGUCUUCCUGGUCCUCAAGGCCCUAUUGGACCACCUGGUGAAAAAGGACCUUCUGGCAGGUCGGGGUUGCCUGGAUUACCUGGAGCAGACGGACCUCCUGGCCAUCCUGGUAAGGAGGGACCACCUGGAGAGAAAGGAGCUCAGGGUCCUUCAGGUCCUCAGGGUCCUAUUGGUUAUCCUGGCCCUCGUGGUGUCAAGGGUGCUGACGGUGUCCGUGGUCUGAAAGGAUCAAAGGGAGAGAAGGGAGAAGAUGGUUUCCCAGGUUUUAAAGGUGACAUGGGAAUCAAAGGAGACCGGGGUGAGAUCGGCAUGCUUGGGCCCCGUGGAGAGGACGGUCCUGAGGGUCCUAAAGGCCGAGCUGGCCCCAACGGAGAGUCUGGCCCCAUUGGUCCUGCUGGAGAAAAGGGUAAACUGGGUGUUCCAGGACUGCCAGGUUAUCCAGGAAGACAAGGACCUAAGGGCUCAAGCGGUUUUCCCGGAUUCCCUGGAGCCAACGGAGAGAAAGGAGCCAGGGGAAUCGCAGGAAAACCUGGUCCCAGAGGACAGAGAGGGCCAACAGGUCCUCGUGGAGCCCGUGGUGCCAGAGGUCCAACAGGAAAACCAGGUCCAAAGGGGACAUCAGGGAACGAUGGACCUCCAGGCCCGCCAGGCGAGAGAGGGCCUCAAGGACCUCAGGGACCAGUGGGCUUCCCUGGACCAAAGGGCCCCCCUGGGCCUCCAGGAAAGGAUGGACUGCCUGGACACCCUGGUCAGCGUGGAGAGACAGGUUUCCAAGGCAAAACUGGUCCACCAGGACCAGGAGGUGUAGUUGGGCCCCAGGGACCAACUGGAGAGACAGGACCUGUUGGUGAAAGAGGACACCCUGGGCCCCCUGGUCCACCCGGAGAGCAGGGUCUUCCUGGCGCAGCUGGCAAAGAGGGAGCAAAGGGAGACCCCGGACCACAAGGAACCUCUGGUAAGGAUGGCCCUCCUGGCCUGCGAGGCUUCCCUGGAGAACGAGGUCUACCUGGAGCCACGGGUCCACCAGGUCUGAAGGGAGGAGAGGGGCCCCAAGGUCCACCUGGUCCUGUUGGUUCUCCUGGUGAGAGAGGUUCUGCUGGCCCAGCUGGUCCAAUCGGUCUGUCAGGUCGACCUGGUCCACAGGGUCCCCCUGGUCCUGCUGGAGAGAAAGGAGCACCUGGUGAGAAAGGACCUCAGGGUCCAGCUGGUCGUGAUGGGGUACAGGGUCCUGUGGGUCUGCCUGGGCCUGCUGGACCUCAAGGUCCACCUGGAGAGGAUGGUGACAAGGGAGAGGUUGGAGAGCCCGGUCAGAAAGGAAGUAAAGCCGACAAGGGAGAACAGGGUCCUCCUGGUCCUCCUGGUCUCCAAGGCCCUAUUGGUGCCCCAGGUCCAGCUGGAGCAGAUGGAGAGCCCGGUCCCAGGGGUCAGCAGGGGAUGUUUGGACAGAAGGGAGAUGAAGGUCCCAGAGGAUUCCCUGGACCCCCAGGUCCCAUUGGUCUGCAGGGACUUCCUGGACCCCCUGGUGAGAAGGGAGAGACAGGAGAUGUCGGCCCCAUGGGCCCUCCUGGUCCACCUGGUCCCAGAGGUCCUCAGGGUCCAAGUGGAGCUGAUGGUCCUCAAGGUCCUCCAGGUGGUGUCGGCCCCAUGGGCUCUGUGGGCGAGAAGGGUGAACAAGGUGAGGCUGGAAACCCAGGACCACCUGGAGAGCCUGGAAUUGGGGGACCUAAAGGAGAGAGAGGAGAGAAAGGAGAGGCUGGCCCCCCUGGAGCUGCUGGACCUGCCGGCGCCAAAGGACCCCCUGGAGAUGACGGUCCAAAGGGUAACCCUGGUCCUGUUGGAUUCCCGGGAGACCCUGGCCCUCCUGGAGAGCCUGGUGUAGCUGGCACUGAUGGAGAACCAGGAGAGAAAGGAGAGGAUGGAGAAGCUGGUCAACCGGGACCUCCAGGCCCAUCAGGAGAAGCUGGACCACCUGGACCACCUGGCAAGAGAGGACCCCCGGGGGCUGCUGGUGCAGAGGGCAGGCAAGGAGAGAAGGGCGCCAAGGGUGAAGCUGGCUCUGAGGGUCCAGCAGGUAAAACCGGACCAGUUGGACCUCAGGGACCUCCAGGAAAACCUGGUCCAGAGGGAUUACGAGGAAUCCCUGGCCCCGUCGGAGAACAAGGACUGCCUGGAGCGCCAGGACAGGACGGUCCACCUGGUCCCAUGGGUCCUCCUGGUCUUCCUGGUCUGAAAGGUGACCCUGGCUCUAAAGGUGAAAAGGGUCACCCCGGCCUGAUCGGUCUGAUUGGACCUCCCGGUGAGCAGGGAGAGAAAGGAGACCGAGGUCUGCCCGGACCACAAGGUUCCCCCGGCAGCAAGGGCGACAGUGGUAUUGGUGGAGCUGCUGGACCUCUCGGUCCCCCAGGUCCCCCCGGUCUGCCUGGUCCUCAAGGUCCCAAAGGAGCCAAGGGUUCAACUGGUCCUGCUGGGGCUAAAGGAGACACUGGUUCAGUUGGUCCUCCUGGUCCUCCUGGCCCCCCAGGUGAGGUGAUCCAGCCCCUGCCGAUCCAGUCACCGAAGAAAACCAAGCGCUCAAGUGACAUGCAGGCAGAUGCGGCCUCUACCAUCCUGGACUACGGUGAAGGCAUGGGAGACAUCUUCAGCUCGCUUAACAACCUCAAACAGGACAUCGAGCGUAUGAAGUACCCAAUGGGAACGCAGAACAACCCGGCCAGGACGUGCAAAGACCUGCAGCUCUGUCACCCAGAGUUCCCAGAUGGCGAGUACUGGAUCGAUCCCAACCAGGGCUGCUCCGGAGACUCUUUCAAAGUUUACUGUAACUUCACAGCCGGAGGAGAAACCUGCAUUUAUCCUGAUAAGAAGUCCAAUGGAGUCAGGAUAUCUUCAUGGCCCAAAGAAGUGCCAGGGUCGUGGUUUAGUGAAUUUAAGCGUGGUAAAAUCCUCUCAUAUGUUGACGCAGAUGGAAACUCAAUAAACAUGGUGCAGAUGACCUUCCUCAGACUACUGACGGCCUCAGCCAGGCAAAACUUCACCUACAGCUGCCACCAGUCCGUGGCGUGGCACGACGCCACGAGCGACAGCUACGACAAGGCGCUGCGCUUCCUGGGCGCCAACGACGAGGAGAUGUCCUUUGACAAUAACCCUUACAUCAAGGCCCUCUCAGACGGAUGUGCGACGAGGAAGGGCUACGGAAAGACUGUGAUGGAGAUUAAUACUCCCAAAAUCGAUCAGGUUCCGAUCAUCGACGUCAUGUUGACUGACUUUGGGGACCCCAACCAGAAGUUUGGGUUUGAAGUUGGGCCCGUCUGCUUCCUUGGCUAAAUAAAAAACAAAAAAAGAAAAAAAGGACUUGAUGGGGCCAGCAAAGAAAGUCAAGUUGAGACGUUUUGGGUACCACCAAACCCCAUUUCUAGCCCCCCACCCUUUUCUAUGCCACAUGCAAGUUUUGAAUAAGAGUUGGUGUAGCAAACAUGUUUGUCCAUGUAUGUACGUGUAACCCGGGAGAAUACUUGUUGCCCUUGUGGGGCUUGAACCACACGACUAAACCACGUCAGGAGCAAAGGUGAAGGACAUUGGAACGCGUGGCAGGAGGGGGUGAAUCAGAGGAAACGUGAGGAGGGGGGGUCACUGACCUCCUCUCUGGAUCCUCCAGGUGCUGUUUGAAAAAAACGACUACAAUGGUGCUUGUUCAAAAACACAAAAAGUAUAAAGAGGUGCUAAGAAAGAAGGUGUAUUUUGAUAAUUAUAAAAACUGUAAUUAUUAUUUUGUACAAUACUGUUAUUUCUGAAUCCACUUUCAAAACUUGCAUGUGUAUCAGAUUCUGGCUCUUUAAUUUUAACACGAGUAACUUAAGAAGAAAUGAUCAAAUAAAUUUAUAAUUCUGGUAUUUUGUUUAUCUGUCAUGAAGCAAAUAAAGUGAGCAUUCAAACAAUUCUCUAUGGCUAAAUUAGACUGUAUGCCCUUUGUAUAUAGUGACAGUCCAAAGCUUGAGGAAGUAUCAACCAGUGCGAACACGGAAACAUCUCCCACUAAUGUUGUGAUCCUGUGCUCGUAGGAAGCAUUCAUUUUUCCUUUAUUUAAUUCUAUUUGUUGUUCUGUUUUGUUUUCUGACAGGCUUUUUAUUUUGGUUGUAUACCUCAAACUUUCUUGAUAACCUGUAAGAUGCAAGGAUGCUAUGCCCUGUAUAUACCUUGGUUAAGCAAUUAAGUUUAUAUAUUUUGGGUGGGGAUUUUUUAAAAAGAGAGUUAACUGUUAGACAUCCACUGUUCAAACCCUUCUGUGAAUGCAAUGAGAAGCCCUUUAGGUGACCCAUUUUUGUAACUAAAAUGAGAAAAUGUUUUAAUGUGCUUUUUAUAGUUCAUUUAAAUAUUAAAAACUGGA